CAUACUUACCAUGGUACCAGUAUAAAAGCGUUUGAGGAAGCUAUUGUAUAAAUAAACACGUGUUGCGGUUUUGUAAACUGUUUAGUGAAAAUCUCAAAAUAUAGUGUUACUUGAACACGUUACGGAUUUUCAUCAAGUAUUGACCAAUUCCAUUACAAUUAUUACUUCAUUAAGGUGCUGACGGUUUGUCGAAAAUUUUACCAAACCUCAUAGGUUGAGUCAUUCUAUAAAUUCAUUCUGCUUUUUGAAUAGAAUACUGGGGUUUUAAAAAUCAAAAAUCAAUAGUUUUUCUCUAAAUAGUGGAAAUCUACCAGGUAUAUUAUUUCAUAAAUAUUUCUUGUUUCAAAUUACGCUUGGCAUAAGAAGAGUGGAAAAUAUGAGAAAAAAUGGAGGAAGUGAAGGCAGAUGAAAGAUACAAAAAGAAGAAUCCCUACGAUAGAGCCAACUUCAUUUCAAAGUUAUUUUUUCUAUUUACAUUACCCUACUUUGUGAAAGGCUACAAAAGAGAACUGACUGAAGAUGAUAUAUAUAGUCAUAGAUAUAUACAUGAUUCCGGAAAGCUUGGAGAGCGAUUGGAAGCAGCUUGGCAGUACCAGGUUGAGCAUAGGAAAAAUCCUUCCUUCGUCAAAGCUCUCUGUAGCGUAUUUCUCUUCGAAAUUGUUGUGCUGUGGAUCAUUGUAUUUGUUACUGAGAUAAUUAGGUUGAGCCAACCUAUGCUGAUAUCAAGGCUUCUCACAUUGUACGAUGGAAACCAAGUUGCAGAAAACCAGAAAUAUCUGUAUAAAUACUCGGGACUUAUUGUCCUGUCGUUAUUAAUAAAUGUGUUCCUUAUACACACCUUCCAAUUUCAGAUUAUGCAAGUGAGCAUGAAGAUAAGAAUUGCAUGUUGUUCUCUCGUGUACAGGAAAGCUCUCAGAUUGAACAAAUCCGCUCUUGCUGAGACCACAAUCGGACAAAUAGUCAAUCUACUGACCAACGAUGUGGGAACAUUUGAUCAGGCUAUCCAUUUUAUGCACAAUUUGAUAAUAGGACCUAUAGAGACGUUGGUUGUUAUGAUUUUGUGUUAUUUCAGUAUUGGAUACACCGGACCAAUCGGAGCUAUAUUUCUCUUAGUUUCUGUUCCGUUUCAAUCAUGGCUUGGUAAAAAGACUUCCAAGUAUAGGUUGAAUACAGCUCUGCGUACAGAUGAACGAGUACGUCUAAUGAAUGAGAUAAUUUCUGGAAUACAAGUGAUAAAAUUGUACGCCUGGGAAAAAUCUUUCGCCAAGUUGGUGAAACUAGCCAGAAUGUAA